UGAUAACUUGAUCUCCCUGGUAAGUAUCUUCAUUCUUGCUUUGAUGGUUGCACACGGCGCCAACACAUCUUACGUGCCUGACGGUGCCAGUGGUUCUUCGAAGCCGACCAGCAACAAAAGCGUCAUCGUCAUCGCUGCUUGGCAGAUAAAGAUCCCGGCACGGCAAGGCUCCAAGCUGCGGCGGCCGACACAACUCCAACACUGUAGAACUGCCAGUGCAAGGCUGCACACCACUCCAUAGAACUUCCACCGCAUCGAGUUUUACCGGGAGGAGGUCGAGCUGUGAUUGUUGUCGAGCUGGGUCUGCAAUCCUUUGUCUGUGUUCUUUUGCCCCGCCUUUCCGCUUCGCGUGUGCUGCAACUGAUCUGUCCGCUCCGGCAACACACCGUUUGUUACUCGAACUCGACAAACAUCACCGAACACUAGCGGAACCCUCAUUAGAUCCAUACACAACGAAAAGAGGAUACGGUGGACGACGAUCGUGUUGUCUUCUUCCAACACCGCUGCAGCUACUGUCAUUUACUCCGGUUCAGAGGUGGAAUCAACAGCCCGUUGAGGGCUGGUAGGAAGGAUGGUGGACGUUGCGCUCGUGCCCAGCGGGCAUGGCAACAACUACACAGGAAUGCUUACUAGGAGUAUCGUCUUCUCCGCAGCUCUCCUUGUGUUUCUAGCUGCAUCUGGAAUGACAAUUGCAUCCAUCGUGAUACCUGAUUGGAUUGCCUACGAUGGGAGCAAGAAUAUCCAUUACACCUACGGACUGCAUCGAAAAUGCUCCAACACGAAUAUACUGCCUCCGUCUAGCUCAUAUGCAGUUUCCUCGUCUCUUCAUUGCGUCCAGUUUCCUCGCUACACCGAUUGCAGUGGCGAUGACAGAUAUUUCUGUAGUAUGUGGAGAUCGGUGGGCUUUCUGAUGUCCUUCGCCGUGGUUCUGGAGGGCAUGACUAUUGUGGCAUUUGCAGUGCUACUGAUCGGCGGCAAGCAGAAAAGAGAACAAGGCUGGGGCGUGCUCACCAUUCUGGUAGCGCUGUCAGCGUUCGUCCAGGCUUUGGGAAUGGCAUUGAUGGCAUACUUGUUCGAAAACGACGAGCGAUUUUUCGCCGGAUGGUACUUGAGCAAGAGUUGGACGAUGUGCACAGUAUCGUGGAGUUUCCAGACUGUUUGCGCCAUUGCCAUUACUUUGGCCGCGAUGGUGUUGCCGAGCGAAGGCGGCUACGAAUUGAUUCCUGACCAUGCUUGAUGAAGACCGACCAAAUCGACACGGGAUAGACAUAAACCAGAGUUAUAAUGUUUGCUGGGGUUUUCCAGGCGUGAGGGCUAUUUGAGUGCAAGCAGAUGUUCGUCUGACCUGUUCUAUCGGAUUAAGAGACCUGCGUCUCUGGGAUGUAAUGAAUUUGGAACAUAUGAGUACAACGAUCAGCAGCAGAGUUGUCAAUCUGGAUGUUCAUAGGAGAUCCCCGGCAAGUGCAAUUCAGGGGCAUAAGACUACACAUGUAUAAUACAAUAUUCUGCCAAA